AACCUGAAUUUAUGGCGAAAAAACCCGCUCCACCAUAAGACGAACUCCUGCUCCCUGAGACGCUAAAAGAUUCUAAACUUAAACUUCUCUUCGCUAGAACUUUACUUAACUCACGAACGAUGUGUUUCAGCACCUGCUGCUGCUGCACAUUUGUCGGUAAACCCUUAAUUUUUUACCGGUAAACCGCUUGUUUUCAGCUCUGCUCGUGUUUCCAGUCAGGCACCGCUCAGGACGCCUCUCUCGUCAGGCCAUUCUCCCGCCCUCACCCAUCACUGACCAAUCACAAAACUGCUAGAUCCAUUGCAGUGUUGUGAUUAGUCAAACCUCGAGAGAGGUGGGGGCUCAGCUCUGCAUAUGAUUGGCCCGUUCUGCUGUCAGUCACGUUGGCCCAGGCUGCUGUAUAAAAACGCGGGCUCCGUUUCAGAUCACGGUUACGAGGUUGCAGCUAGCAGCUAGCAGCUGAAGUUAUGACUGUCGAAGUCGUACGCACACGCUGAUACGUACGCAGAACUCAGCGCGGUCUCGUUGUCGUACACAGAGCGGUUUGUUCUUGGCUGUGUUUGUGGAGGGAUGCGUGUUAGCUAAGUGGUAGCUACUUCCUGCGUGUUAGCUGGACGGAGCUAGCGGUGAAGCUAACUGUUUACCUGUCAGCUUGAUGUAUUCAUGACAAAGCGCCGAGAUUGGUGGGGACCGCGGCAGGGGCGGGGCUUAGAUCGUUUUUAAGAUUAAGGGAUCUGUUUUCAGUGAUUGGCUGGUUGAUCCCCAGGUGGAAGAUGAUCAGGAUGUCACUGGACAAAGAGACCCUCCUUCCUCUCGAGGCGGCCAUCACAGUCAGCCCCGCCUUCUCCUCCACUGUCAGCCUAUCAGAGCAGCCGCCACUGACUAAGACCCACCCCUUCAUCCGCCCUAAAAACGGCCUCCAGCAGCCUGCAGGUCGCCAGCCCCCCCUCCCCUCUCAGCGAAUCGGGAAGAGGCGUUACUCGACGGGCGUCGGCUUCAAGGGCCCGGCAAAGCGCCGUCGCCGUGCCAACAGUGACAGCCAAUCAGAGCCCGUUCUGCCAAGUCACUUCCUGUUGGGAGGAAAUAUCUUCGACCCCCUGAACCUGAACUCUCUGCUGGAUGAAGACGUGAACAGGACGACCAAUCAGGAGACUCCAAAGUGCUCACCCCUGCCUUCACGGGGCGGAGACCCUGUAGAGAUCCUGGUUCCCCGUGACAUCACCGAUCCCCUGAACCUGAAGGGAGGUGGGGAGGAAGGGGAGGGAGCGGGGGGAGUCCUGCUGUCCCCCCUGAAGUCCAGGAAGAGGCACCGGAACCGACACCAUGGAGUCCCAGCAGACCGGGACGUGGUGCCGGCCCGACUGUUCCCCCCCACAGCUGGGCUCACAGUUCCCCUGUUGGCCAGAGAUGGCAGUGUUCCUCCGUCUCCUCUCCCCUGUGAACUCAACACGGCCAUCACUUGCAGAGAUGAUGUAGCCACGCCCCCUAUCCUACCCAGGAGGCACACCCAUCCUCCACCUGGCCCCGCCCACAAGCCUGGGAACCAGGGUGACGGUCGUCAUCGGAGACGGCGGCGCACCACCUCAGUGAGGUCAUCAGAUGGCACUGCAGGCGCUGUCACCAUGGCAGCCACGGCUCAGCCAACCAAAUUCCAGACACCGCUGGUAGGAGGGGCUAAAGCUGGCAGGUGUGGACCACAGCCCCGCUCUGCUCGGCCACCAGAAAGGAUCAAAGACAAACAGCGCUACCAGCAUGGCAGCCAUAGCCGUUACUAUGGUUACCACGGCUUCUAUGGCGACAGGUUGGAGGGGCGAGUUGGGGAGGAGAAGGACCCUCGGAUAGGACUCCUGGAAGCUGAUUGGUUCAGAGACAAGACGGUGUUGGAUGUGGGCUGCGGGGCGGGUCACAUGACCCUGACCAUAGCUCGGAUGUUCAACCCCGCCCACAUCCUGGGGGUGGAGCUAGACCAGCGGCUGGUUAAAGCCGCCAAGCAGAACAUCCGGCACUUCCUGUCACAUGACAUAGUGGUGGAGGAGAGGAAGAGGGCAAAGGUAGCGCUGCCUCCUGAUCUGCAGGGAGGGAGGGAACAGGAAGUGAUGCGGGAGGCCUUCCUGUCCCUCCCCUUGUCAUUCAGGGUGAGUCGGGGUCCUCUCUGUGCUCCUCCUCUCCUGCCUCCACGCUCCUCCUCCUCCAGGUUUCCAGACAACGUCACCUUCAUCCAGGGCGACUACGUGUCUGAGCUGGAGCCGUGGCCUGGGCGGGGUCGCUAUGAUGUCAUCAUGUGUCUGAGUGUGACCAAGUGGGUGCAGCUGCAGUCAGGUGACGGGGGUGUGGUCAGACUGUUUAGACGGGCCUAUCAGAGCCUGUCGUCGGGCGGAUUAUUCAUCCUGGAGCCGCAAGCAUGGAGCAGCUACAACCGCAGCAAGAGGGCCUCGGACACAACGUUUCGUCACUUCAGGAGUUUGAGGCUCAGACCUGAACAGUUCACCUCCUUCCUGACCGACAGCGUGGGCUUCAGCUCCUACAGACUGCUCAAACACACAGGUAACCAGCGGCCGAUCUACCUGUUCCACAAAGGCCCCACCCAGAGGAAGUGAGGUCACUACAGGAUUACAGUGGACACGCCCCCCUGUCAGGCAGCAGAGUCAUAUUGCCCAGGUGACGGUGAGGAGGGAGCUGAUGGUGGAUGAACAGACUCUUUGAUGAUGUCACUCCAGAGGAUGACAGACUGGAUCUGAUUGGACAGCAGGGCUCCUCCUGUGGACCUGAUUGGCUGACACAGCUCCGUAACGCCAAAGCAAAGGAUUGUGGGUGUUUGUAUUCCCGCUGCUUGUGGCCAAUGAAAUGCAGUCCCAGUGGGUGAUGUAAUCAAUUGAUCAGACUGAACCGAGCAUCAGUGUGUCUCCAGCAGCGUUUCUAUUGGCCGAUGGGUCACAUGACUGAUGGACAUCAAGCAGAAGCAGGAAACCCUCGUUAGGACAUGUCAGUCAUUAAGCCAAUCAUUGAUGGCCAGAGACACCAUGUGACUGUGCUCUCAUUGGCUGCUGGCUGGGCGUCUGUUGUCUUUUCUAGAUAUUGUUUCAUUCUUUCUGUUUGUUUUUCAGAAUAAAGAGAAUUUGUGUGUGCUUCA